ACAGUAGGCGGAGCUGUGCAGAGCUGAUCUCUGUACAGUCAGUGUGGGGACAGAAUAGAGGGGGAAGCUUCCUGCUGUCACCCAGAGAGCUCCAGUAAUCAGCAGAGGAGGAGAAGAGGCGAGGACUGUCCAAGUGUCAGAAGAUGUGGCAGUUGAUUGCAGCGGUAUUAUUUAUACUCCCGAUUACAGUACAGUCUCUGAACCGGAAUAUCCGAAGUAUAGAUGGCGGUUUUUUCUCUACAGCAGACCCUGAAGCCACAAUGAACAUUAGUGAACUGAUCCGAUACAGGGGGUACCCCAGUGAAGAAUAUGAGGUGGUCACUGAAGAUGGUUAUAUUCUGAGCGUCAACCGAAUACCGCAUGGGGUCAAGUAUCCAUCCGCAGAUGGAAGACCGGUGGUGUUCUUGCAGCAUGGAUUGCUUGCAGACGGCAGUAACUGGGUUUCCAAUCUGGAAAACAAUAGUUUGGGAUUCAUCCUGGCCGAUGCAGGCUACGAUGUGUGGAUGGGGAAUAGCCGUGGGAACACUUGGUCCAGGAAACACAAGACUCUGUCACCUAAAGAGGAUGAGUUUUGGGAUUUUAGCUAUGAUGAAAUGGCCAAGUUAGAUCUCCCUGCUGUUAUCAACUUUAUCUUAGAAAAAACAGGCCAGGAACAGAUAUACUACAUUGGCCAUUCUCAGGGCACCAUUAUAGCCUUUAUUGCAUUUUCAAGCAUGCCCGAGCUUGCCAAGAAAAUCAAAAUGUUCUUUGGUCUUGCCCCUGUGGCUACUGUCAAAUUCUCCAGCAGCCCACUUGCAAAACUUGGUAUUAUCCCAGAAUUUGUGAUCAAGGACCUGUUUGGAAAAAAAGAGUUUUUACCGCAGUCGGAAUUUAUCAAGUGGCUUGCCAUUCACUUUUGUACCCAUGAAGUGGUGGAACAGAUAUGUGGCAAUGUUUUCUUUAUUCUGUGUGGAUUUAAUGAGAAGAAUCUUAACAUGAGCAGAGUGGAUGUGUAUACCACACAUUGCCCAUCAGGAACGUCCGUAAAGAAUAUGCUCCAUUGGGCGCAGGGUGUGAAGUGCGGUGAGCUGAGUGCAUUUGACUAUGGUACCAAGGGUAAUCUUAUUCAUUACAAUCAGACUACUCCUCCUUUCUACAAUGUGAAAGACAUGAAGGUCCCAACCGCUCUGUGGAGUGGAGGCAAUGACUGGCUAGCGGACCGCAAGGAUAUGGCUUUACUACUCACUCAAGUCAGCAAUCUGGUCUACCAUAAGGAGAUUCCAGAGUGGGAACAUCUAGAUUUCAUCUGGGGUCUGGACGCUCCUGACCGCAUGUACAAUGAAAUAAUCCAACUACUGAAGAAAGCCUCCUGAACUUUAACAUUUCACAAAUAAAUUAUGUAAAUGAUGUAGCAAAUACUAACAGAUUUAGCAGGAAAACUUUUAGAAUUUUUUUAUUAUCCCAAAAUACUUUGUCAAACCACUGUCUAUGGAUGGACACCAAACGAACGAGCCAUUCUUACGAGCAACAGGUGUGUCUAGCUGCACCAGACUUGCCAGUGCCAGGACAAUGUCUUUUACCCCCAAGGCUAAAAAAAAACAAAGUGUCUCCCUCCCUGCCCCCCCCCCCCCCAAUCCAUGGGCUGUGAGAUUGCACCUGCUUAACCACCAAGACGGCUUCCUCUUCUGCCCACCCUUUGUCCCAGCCUUGACACUCAAUAAAUAUUAUGUGUGCAUGUGGGGGCUAUUGCAGUGUCCUAGACCUAUUUUUUUUACAGGAGACAAAAUAUGCCACAAAUCCUAAGCCUUAAGGGCCAGUUGACACCAUGAAUUGCAAAGGAAUGUGCUGUGCAUUCCUAUGUGAGUUGCAUGCGAUCCGGGUACAGUGUAAUUUCAGCCUAUUCCUUUGAAUGGGUUAACAUCGCACUGGUCAGGACCAAAAGUAGAGCGUUCGCUGCUUUAAAUGCGCUGCAACCAGAUCGCAUGGUACAACUGUACCAUGCGAUCUGGUGCAGGCAAACACACUGCAUUUGCAACCUGCGUUCGGGGUGUCAUUAAGUUGACUGACAUCCGCUGCAGAUCUUAAGUGCAGUGCGUUUUGAACACAGUGCUGAAAGAGCCCUUUUGAAUGCGGGUUUCCCGCACCACGUUUUGGUGUGAACUGGUCAGGAGAAUUUCUUGGUUUUAGUCAGCAGAUUUUAUUCUCAGCAGGAGAAACAAUUAAUGAAUUAAUAAAGGCAACCUUUCAGAAAUCUGCGGUCCGUGCUUUAGACUGGCAUGUCGAUUUUUUUAACACCAUGUUUUUAUUAGUAUUAAGUGCCUCUCCUUGUAUAAACACUGUGCUGAUAUAGGAUAUAAUUCCAUUUGCAGCUGAAAUAGACUGCAGAAGCUGCCUGUGUUGCAUGAAAGAAUCAAAUGCACAAUGGGGGAUUCUGAUAAACACUGGAGAUACCCUUUGUAGCCUAGCUAUUUUAGUUUGCCUACAAAAAAUAUUUUUGUGUGGUUUCAGAUUGUAUUUUUUUUCCUAUAGUUCCUAGGUCUAAAGCAGUGGUCUCAA